AUGGCCCAUCAGGCACACUCCCUUCCGUGGCAUACGCUAGCGGCCAACUUUGAACAGAGACGAGUGGGCAAGCAUAAGUAUCUUCUGGCGCCACUGAAUAAGCCGCACCAGGGAAAGCAGAUCACACAUUUCACUGUUGCAUUCGCCCGGGCGUUGACCGAGUUCUCCACCACGGAACGCCGCAAGUACUCGCCAGCCAUCAACGUGCGGACGAGCAUCGAAGAUGACGAUGACGUUUUAGAGAUGAGACACGAAAGGCUAAGAAUUGCAAUGUCGGGGCUGAUAAGCCCCCUUUCCGCUGCCACAACUUUCGACCCGGAGCUAUUCCACGGACUGGGCUGGAAACGUAGUCCGAACGGAGGAAGAAAUCGCUGCCUACGACGAAGAACUGCAGAAAAAGGAAACGCCCCGCGCUCUGCUCGGUGCUGGAAAAAUGUCGACUGGUGGCGUGGUCGCGCGGAGACGACCGACGUGUUGACGAUGUGGCUUAUCUUGGGUGAAAUGGAGACCUUGUUUAAGAUCGCCCGAUACGCUCCGGAGACAGUAAAGAGAAUGUGGUCCUGGAAUGACCAUUAUGACCAGUGCGGACUAAAGCAGCUGAUGGAACGAACGGUGGACUUCUAUAUUGGAAUGAACGUGCUCUACUGCAAGCCAGAAUGGUACGCAGAGGGUGAGAAUGCGUGGCAGUCGUAUUUAGAUGGGAAUAUGAUGCAAAUAUAUCAGCCUGAAAGGGAGCUCGGGAAAUACCGAACUGGCUGGCUCUUUGGUAAACCUAGCGGGCCCCUGACGACCGCAGAAUUGCCUCCCGCCGAAUGGGUGCCGAUAAAAUUUAUCCGACGGAAAGACUACCGUUCCACGCCUAUUUAUAAGUCAAUGCUAUCAGAGGAAAAGAAUUGUCAUGCCCUUGGACCUUACUGCCCCUUGGAGCCAGGAUAUGCUUGGUCUAUUCCGCACUGGCAAUUCUUUGGCUACGGCGCAAUUAUCGGCCACGGGGGCUGGCCGUCUGCUACUGAGAGCCCUCCCGCGGAUCCUUUGAAAAAUGGUGGUGGACAGGGUUUGAGAAACUAUCUAAAGAUUUGCUGGGAGAUCCUCGUGCGACUGGACAUUUUUAUGGGGGAAUUGGACGUGCAUAUUGACUGGCAGCAAGUAGCAUCGGGUUCCAUUGCAGAUUGGUAUCGGUUUGAACCUAUUGAUCGAGACAAGUGGUGUAUAGAAGCGUGGCUUCCGGGCUUAGACGGAGACUUCGACAUGACUAAGUGUGGAUUCAUGGUCGAACGUUUUGUUUAG